UGUUUUGUUCCAACGGCGACCGCGAUCGCGCUACCCGUGCAGGUACAGCAAUAACCGGCGCUCCAGGCGGAACACGUGCGAACCGGAAAUCGCGAACGGAAAUAAAACAAUCGAAGAAGUGGUUGUGCGAAUUCGGACAGGACAAGGCUUCUGCGAUGUCUGUGCGUGAGAACUUUUGAGCGCGCGCUGGGAUAGAAACUGCCGCUAACCGUUCGUUUUGACAAACGCGGACGGAAAUGAAACGAUUGAAACGUUCUUACGACUAGAGCUUCUGCGAUGUCGUGCCGGUUAAGUGCGUGAAAGCUUUCGAGUGCCUAGCUAGAUCGUAGAGGCAAAGUAUAUGAUUGUUUGAUCAGUGCCGAAAACCCGUUCAAAGCUAGUCGUUUUUACAAGAUUAUGAUGGUCGUGUCACCAAGGGCGUAAAAACUUCAGACCUUUGGAUAGAAGCAACUUACGGAAAUUGAGUUUGCUUAAGCAGUGUAGGAGACAGUCACUGGAUUUGCGAGUAUUUGUUUGUUAAGCUUUAUUGAUGGUCGAUGAUAAAAGAGACACUCGUCUGUGAUGUUUUGACCUUAUCUUUGUGCGAGUUCUUGAUACAAUCUUUCGAAAUGACAGAAACAGUGAGUGUAGUGUUUCAACGACUAAUUCUUGUGUUAGAUUGGUGAAAGGAUCAUUCUUCAAAAGUGAGUGACAAACUUUUACGUCUUACGCACAAGGGCGAACUGCCUCCGACAUACCGGGAGCUUCAAGACUCUCGUCAACGCAGCUGCAAUAUCGGCCUGCCUUAAUAUUCCGACGAGCAUGUGGCAGCUUCGAAGCCGAAGGAGUGCAUAACACUUUUGAAAUAUGAGCGGAGUUUGGCUUGCGCGACCGCCUCUAAGUUGCUGGGAACUCCUCAAACUGUGGACGGCGAUGCUCGUCGUCUUCGCUCCGGCGAUGGCAGAAAGUUUGUGGAUCUGCCAGUCCGCUACGACACCUUUCCUGUUCCGUACACAGUUUCCCUAUCUGUCUGGAAACAAACUAACGAAGUUUAUGGCAUCAGGUGCGGAACGAAUACAGCCGCAUUUAGUGAGAUAA